AUGGCAGUCCUCUGGACGAGCCUCUUUGACUUGCUGCCAAGCGGCUUCUACGACAAGUUCCCUAUCGACACGGCCGACGCGACAGAAGAAACAGCAUUCGCGGAACAGCAUCGCCUUGCAUGCGACCGCCGGGCGGCGACGGCCAACGUAUUUUACUACUUUGUGCCGCUCCUCGCGUGCGCUCUCGUCUUCGAGUACAUCCGUCUCCACACAGUGCUGCACUCGAUGCUUCUUUUGCUCACAUUUUUGCUCGCGCUCAUGUUUCUCCAGCACGUCAUCAAGGGUCGCAUCCUUGAGCACAAACAGCACCAGUGGACACUCUGGGGCCUCGAGGCAACCGCCUCCAUCAUCCAGAGCCGCGUAGACGCCAAGGUCCAGGGCACCCCACUGCUGUCCCCUAUCAAAGGCGCAGUAC